AGAGAGCCGUGUCACGCCUGAGACAAUAACCUAGGUACUCUUCUUCGCGGCUUUCAAUCUCCGAGUCACCAUAAAUUUGACGUCCGGAAACAACGCAUAGAUGAAGCUCUUGAUUUCCUUCGGCGGUAGCCUGGUCGCCCAGCCGUCGGAAUGCACCCUCCGGAGGCCGUGCCCCGCUACAGCAACUGCAUCGCUGGCCGGAAUUUCGCCGUCAUGGCAGAGGGGCGACAACGCAAGCUCAGUGAGGUCAGGGCAAUUCUGCGCGACGUACAUGAGCGCGUGCAGUGAAGGCCGGAUGGACGACGGGUGGUGCGACAGUUUGAGCACCUGGAGUUUCGGCCAGCUCCGUGUGAUCUCGCGGACGUCGUCGUCCGACGUGUCCAGGACACACAAGCCGAACUCGAACUCGACCUUGCGCAUAUUCGCGAGGGAGAGCAGGGGCCGGAGGACGUCGGCGACGGAGCAGUUCAUGGGCUGGGGAGAUGAUGGAUCCGACUUCGAACUGGAGCCGGUGUUCAGCACGUACAGUUCGCGCAACUGUGGGAGUGACCCGGCCACUGUAAGUGGCAAGGUUUGCCACAGUGCGUCAGGGAUAUGCGUCCCGGGAGUGUACAAGCUGAGCGAUUGGAGUCGGGGAACACAGCGGAUGUAAGGAAGGACACUGAGGGGCCCCCAUAGUCACUAACCACUCUACACGAUGUCCAGGCUCUUCAAAUCAUUGAACGUCGGCCGCUCCUCCGACGUUGUCAGCUCCUCGUUCAUCAGUACAGACACGGAAGUGAGAUAAGGGACACCAGCCAAUUUGUUGAC